AUGCCACGCUCCUUCCUGGUGAAGAGCAAGAAGGCUCACACCUACCACCAGCCCCGAGCCCGGGAGGAUGAGCUGCUCUGGCCGCCGGCCCUUGGCCCUGUGGCCGGGGACCAGGUCCCGGGCAUCAGCCCCGUCCUCAGCUCCCUGUUCCCAAACCAGCACCUGGGCUGGACGGACCUCAAACGGGAGCCGCAGCUGGAGCUGGAGCAGAGCUCAAUGACCCGGCUGGACUCGGGCCCAGAAGGACCUGCUGUGACGUCCCGACCCCAGGAUGGGGACUCGCCCUCCUCUGACUCACCCCCAUUCUACAAGCCCAGCUUCUCCUGGGAUGCCCUGGCUUCCUCCUACGGCCACAGCUACCGGCAGGCCCCCUCCACCAUGCAGUCUGCCUUCCUGGAGCGCUCCGUCAGCCUGUAUGGCAGCCCUCUGGUGCCCAGCGCCGAGCCACCUUUGGACUUCAGCCUCCACUAUUCCCCGGGCAUGGACGCAUACCACUGCGUCAAGUGCAGCAAGGUGUUCUCCACCCCCCAUGGGCUAGAAGUGCACGCCCGCCGCUCCCACAGUGGGACCCGGCCCUUCGCCUGCGACGUCUGUGGGAAAACCUUCGGCCACUCCGUGAGCCUGGAGCAGCACACGCACGUCCACUCCCAGGGGAUCCUGGCCGGGUCCAGUCCUGCGCCCAGCUUGGCAGCCCCGGGCCGCGAGGCCCCACCUGACCCCCCGGGGCCUCGUUUCCUCCGGCAGGAGCGCAGCUUCGAGUGCCGGAUGUGCGGCAAGGCCUUCAAGCGCUCGUCCACCCUGUCCACGCACCUGCUCAUCCACUCGGACACGCGGCCCUACCCCUGCCAGUUCUGCGGCAAGCGCUUCCACCAGAAGUCUGACAUGAAGAAACACACCUAUAUCCACACGGGUGAGAAGCCACACAAGUGCCAGGUGUGCGGGAAGGCCUUCAGCCAGAGCUCCAACCUCAUCACCCACAGCCGGAAGCACACGGGCUUCAAGCCUUUCAGCUGUGAGCUGUGCGCCAAGGGCUUCCAACGCAAAGUGGACCUGCGACGGCACCGUGAGAGCCAGCACAACCUCAAGUGA